AUGGUGAGUUCACUAACCGAAUGCGAUCCAGACGGAAUGUUCGCCGGAAUGGUCGUCUACUUAGUCCACAGUGGAGUCAUGUACCGUCGAUUACAGAUAUGGAAGCAGAAACUGGUCCAAAUGGGAGCCACUAUAGAAUUGAGAGUAACCAAAAACGUCACACACAUAUUGGCUAUGAACCCAGAAGCUCUCUUACAAGAAGCGGGCAGUGAGAGAUUGGAAUUCUUUAAAGGGAAAGUUGUGCUAUAUUAGUGGCUACAGGAUAGCUUGAGCUCAGGUGAAAAGGCACCUGAGGAAUUGUACCUUGUAGAAUUGGAAGCAGAAAAGUCCUGUACUGAAAAUGAAACUCCAAAUCCCUAAAAGACUAAACCUUCUCCUGAGAAUUUACCUCACACUCCAAGCCCUCAAACUGCCAAAGCUCUGAAUGAGGAUCAGGUCACACCAUUGCAGUCAUUGUCACCCUACAGCCCACCUGAUUUGAACAGCAACAUAACUCAGGUAUUUGGGAAGCUUAUUAACAUUUAUAGAGCCUUGGGCGAUGAUCGGAGAUCCUUUAGCUAUUCCAAGGCUAUACCAAUUAUAGAGAGAUUGCCGUUCAAGAUACAAAGUCAGGAACAAGUUAAAGGCUUGCCUAACAUUGGAAAGUCAAUGCAAGACCAUAUUCAGGAAAUUGUGACUACAGGGAAGCUAUCCAAGUUGGAGCACUUCGAAACGGAUGAAAAGGUACGAACUAUCAGCUUAUUUGGGGAAGUUUGGGGAGUUGGUCCGGCUACUGCACAAAAAUUGUAUGAGAAAGGACACCGCACAUUAGAUGAUCUGAAGACUGAAGAAUCAUUAACAAGUUCACAGAAGUUAGGUUUAAAAUAUUUUGAUGAUAUCAAACAAAGAAUUCCACGAAAUGAGGCUCAGGAGAUGGAACUUCUACUAAAGAAAGCUGGGGAAGAUAUUUUGCCUGGAGUGGACAUUGUAUGUGGAGGAUCAUAUAGACGUGGGAAAGCUCCUUGUGGGGAUCUGGACAUUAUAAUUACACAUCCUGAUGGAAACAGUCAUAAAGGAUUUUUACCAAAAUAUGUAAAGCAUUUAAAGGAUAUGAAGUUUCUGAGGGAGGAUCUGGUUUACAGCAUACACAGUGAGGAGGGUAUUGAUUCUGGCGUUGACACAUAUUUUGGGCUUUGCACAUAUCCUGGACGAGAGCUGCGCCACCGCAUUGAUAUCAAGGUUUACCCACGUGAAAUAUAUGCAUUUGCGCUAAUACAUUGGACUGGCGAUGAUGUAUUGAAUAGGAGGUUGAGAGUUCUAGCUGAAUCUAAAGGAUUCCUUCUUGAUGAUGAUGGCCUAUUUCCAGCUACACGGGGCUCUCUCGGUCAGCGGGGCAUGAGAGGUAGCGCAGCUUUGAAAUUUGACACUGAAAAGGAGGUGUUUGAGUUUCUCGGGUUUCCUUGGCUUGAACCACAAGAGAGAAAUCUGUGAGAUGGGCGAAUGGCUUUAUUUAGCAAUAGCUUAACAAAUUGAGUCUCGUUAGUGAAAGUAAAUUAUGUAACUUCAUGACUUCCCUCA